AUGACCAAAACUUCCCAGCUGCUGAGGCCUUCCGGGUCUUUGAGAGAAACUGCAGUAGGGAAAAACAGGUUCCAAACAAAAUCCGAGAGACAAGCGCAGAUACCUGCAGCAGCUGCUGCUGGUGAUGCUGCUGCAGCUGUUGAUGGUGUUGCUGCAGCUGCUAGUGGUGCUGCUACAGCUGCUAGCCGCUCUGCUGCAGCUGCUAGCCGUGUUGCUGCAGCUGGGGGUGCUGCUGCUGCCGUUGCGGGUGGUGCUGCUGCAGCUGCUAGUGGUUCUGUUGCUGCUGCUGGUGGAGCUGCUGCAGCUGCUGGUGGUGCUUCUGCAGAUGCUAGUGGUGCUGCUGUGCCUGCUAGUGGUGCUGUUGCAGCUGCUAGUGGUGCUUCUGCAGCUGGGGGUGGUGCGGCUGCAGCUGCUAGUGGUGCUGCUGCAGCUGCUGGUGGAGCUGCUGCAGCUGCUAGUGGUGCUCUUGCAGCUGCUAGUGGUGCUGCUGCAGCUGCUAGUGGUGCUGCUGCAGCUGCUGGUGGAGCUGCUGCAGCUGCUAGUGGUGCUUCUGCAGAUGCUAGUGGUGCUGCCGUGCCUGCUAGUGGUGCUGCUGCAGCUGCUAGUGGUGCUUCUGCAGCUGGGGGUGGUGCUGCUGCAGCUGCUAGUGGUGCUGCUGCAGCUGCUAGUGGAGCUGUUGCAGCUGGGGGUGGAGCUGCAGCAGCUGCUAGUGGUGCUGCUGCCGCUGCGGGUGGAGCUGCCGCAGCUAGGGGUGGUGCUUCUGCAGCUGCUAGUGGUGCUGCUGCAGCUGGGGGUGGAGCUGCUGCAGCUGCUGGGGGUGGUGAUUCUGCAGCUGCUAGUGGUGCUUCUGCAGCUGCUAGUGGUGCUGCUGCAGCUGGGGGUGGUGCUGCUGCAGCUGUUGGUGGAGCUGCUCUAGCUGGUGGUGCUGCUGCUGCAGCUGCUGGUGAAGCUUCUGCAGCUGCUUACGGUUCUGCUGCAGUGAUGCUGCAGCUGCUAGUGGUGAUGCUGCAGCUGCUAGUGGUGAUGCUGCAGCUGCUAGUGGUGCUGCUGCAGCUGGGGGUGGUGCUGCUGCAGCUGCUAGUGGUGCUGCUGCAGCUGGGGGUGGUGCUGCUGCAGCUGCUGGUGGAGCUGCUGCAGCUGCUAGUGGUGCUUCUGCAGAUGCUAGUGGUGCUGCCGUGCCUGCUAGUGGUGCUGCUGCCGCUGCGGGUGGUGCUGCUGCAGCUGGUGGUGGUGCUGCUGCAGCUGCUAGGGGCGCUGCGGCAGCUGGGGGUGGUGCUUCUGCAGCUGGGGGUGGUGCUGCUGCAGCUGCUAGUGGUGCUGUUGCAGCUGCUGGUGGAGCUGCUGCAGCUGGGGGUGGUGCUGCUGCAGCUGGGUGUUGUGCUGCUGCAGCUGGGGGUGGUGCUUCUGCAGAUGCUAGUGGUGCUGCUGCAGCUGGUGGUGGUGCUGCUGCAGCUGGGGGUGGUGCUGCUGCAGCUGCUGGUGGUGCUGCUGCAGCCGCUGAUGGAGCUGCUGCAGCUGCUAGUGGUGAUUCUGCAGAUGCUAGUGGUGCUGCUGCAGCUGCUGGUGGUGACGGUGCAGAUGCUAGUCGUGCUGCUGCAGCUGGGGGUGGUGCUGCUGCAGCUGGGUGUUGUGCUGCUGCAGCUGGGGGUGGUGCUGCUGCAGCUGGGUGUUGUGCUGCUGCAGCUCGGGGGGGAAAUGCUGCCACUGCGGGUGCUGCUGCUGCCACUGCGGGUGCUGCUGCUGCCGCUGCGGGUGGUGCUGCUGCCGCUGUGGGUGGCGCUGCUGCCGCUGCGGGUGGUGCUGCUGCUGGGGCUGCUGUUGCUUUAG